CACGAAGAAAACUUUUAGGAUAUUCAACUAAAUGCCAAAUCAAUAAAAUCAUAAAUUUUUGAGAAUGGAUUUUCAGAAAUUCAAUGAGUAUGAGCAACGUGAAGCUAAAAACUUUAUUCUUCUUGAAAAAAGGGAGGAUUUUACAACAAAACAAAAAAGGUCGCAAAUAUCAUCUCAUCGAAAUCAAAACAUCCAGAAACAAGUGUCUGAUAUAAAGCCUGUCCCAAGAAUAAGAUCAGCCUCGACGGGGAGAGACAAACGAAGCGAAUUUUUGGCUAGAUAUUGGGCUUUUCUAUUUGGUAAUUUACAACGAGCUAUUGAUGAAAUCUACAAAACAAUUGAAUAUUACGAAAAUGUUGAGUCUUGUCAGGAAGCAAUAUUAGUGCUUGAAAACUAUAUUCGUGAGUUUAAAGCAUUAGCUAAUUUCUUUAAAAUGUCUUGGGAUUACGAAAAAACACCUAAAAGACCAUUGUCUGUAGCUUGGGAAAUUCGUAAAACCAAUGCUGUUCCACGAGUUCGCAAUCGAAAUAGUCCAGCAAUGUCUGGAAAAUCAUCACCAAAUUAUUCGGGAACAAGCAGUCCAUCAUGUAACUAUCCAACAAUCGAGGAAAAUAAAAAAGUUACAAACAGAACUAAAAAUACAGUGAAGGAUAGUUUAGUUGUUGAAAUGGCUAGUGACUCAUUGUCUGCGAAAGAGAAGAAAUUUGAAGAGCUUGUUGUAUACUUGAAGGAAUCGUGUGAUGAAGAAAAGGAAUCACUAUCAUUGCAAAAGCCUAAAUCACUAUCAUUAGAAAAUUUAAAUCAAGAUCACGAUUUUAGAUUAUUGGUUAUUAAAGACGAUGCUGCUGUUCAAACUGAAGGAAUGAUUGAUGAUAAUCUCACACUUCAAGAGUAUAUCGAGAAAUAUUGUGCUCCAAAAAUUGUGUCGCCAAUAGAAGUGCCAACUUCUCAAUAUGAAAGCAUCGACGAUAAUAUCAAAGUUAUUCAACAGGAAAAAAAUCAACCUGAAGAGGAUUUGGUAAAGAAAGAAGUUGAAAAUAGAUCAAAAACGGACGUUAUUGAGGAACAUAAUGAAAAUAAUUUAGAAUCCGAAAAAUGCACAAGUAAAUCACCAUCACCGACUUUACCCAUUGAAAAAGUCACUCCUUUGUCUCAAAUUCUUAAACCAAUUGAAAAAGAAAAGCCAGUAAUUGCAGUUCAAUUAAAAUCAAAAACUCCAAUAAGAGCUAAUUACUCAUUACGCAAUCAAACAAUAAAUCACCGAGUUCCAGAUAAAGUGGCACGAAAACCAACCACCAGCGCACAAGUAGUAAAUCGAACAAGUCGUGCUCCAAAAAUAAAUAACAUUCCUGCCAGAAAUUCAGUAUUAAAUAAUAAUAAAGGUAACAUUGCCAUUAUUGAUAAUGUGCAGAAAAAUCACUUUAUUGGAAGAUCAAAAACCAUGAUUGAAAUCUCUAAGAAAAAGCCUCUUAGCACUAAAGCGGGUGAACUUCAGAAGAAAAAUUCUACAGAAGAUAAUACAGAUAGCUCGUCUUCGACACUUAAAGCUAGCAUCGAAAAGUUAGGAUCCAAGAAUAAUUUAAAAGGCAGCAGUAAUAAAAUUGCAAAAAGAUCAGACUCGAAAAUUAGCAAUGAUGGAGAAUGGUUUAUUGUUAAAAACAAGAGACGUUCAAGUUGGGCUAAUUCUCGUUUUGACCAGCCAAGUGCAUCAUCAAGUUUGCCGACUUUAACAUUACUAAAUGAAAACUCUGAAGAUUCUGAUAAGGAACCAACCGCUAAAGAUAAAAAAGCUAUAUCUCGUGUUGAGUCAAAACAAGCAUCCAAAACAAAGCUACAGGAGAAGGAAAACAAAACAAAAGCAAAGGUAGCACCAAUAACGAAACAACCAAUUCCGCCUAAAGUUAAACCAGUCAUUUUAUCUCAAUCGAAUAAAAAAAUGGUAUCGAAUGUCAAAGCAAAAGUUAAUAGUAAUCCGCCCAAAAAAGCAGUAGUUACCGAAAAAUCUAAACAACCACUUGUGAGCAAACAAAACCAACAAAAUCAGCAGCUUCAAAAUAAUACUAUUAAGAGACAAAAAUCGGAUAUUACAGGAUUAAAAAUUAAAUCCUUACAUAAAGAAUAUUUACGUAAUGAACGAUCAGGAUCUGGUAAGAAGAAAAAGGAUAAUGUUAAUGAGACAAAAGUUGAUAUGAAUACUCAAACUGUUUUGAUAUCCCAAACAAUUGACGAGUUGUACUCGGAAUUAGGAAACAUGAAAAGUAAGACAAAAUUUAUCAAUGGAAUAUUGUCCAGUUGUGAGGAAAUUGAAGAAAGAGAUUUAGAAUCGGAUGACGAUCAAAAAAAAUUAGUAGAAGAACAAGAAAAUCUAGAGAGGCAAAUUCGAGAAUUAGAAAAUUCAAUUGAUACGGAUAUUGAGACAGACUGUGAAGCUAUUCUCUGUGAUUUAGACGAUAAUGAGAGCUCUGAAAAUAAUGAUUUAGAGUCAAUUAAGGAUUCGACAUUUGGAGAUGAAAAUAUUCCUUUAGAAAUGAGAUUAGAAAUGCGAUAUGCUCCUAUGUUAGCUGAAAUGUCUGUGCAAGAGCGAGAAGAGACUUUGGCAACUUUACAGGAAUUCUUUAAACGCGAUCCUGGUAGGGCACAGAAGUUGCAUCAAAAAUUGUCAUCACCUUCAAGACGUAGAUCUGUAAGAGAAACUCUCAAAAAGUAUCAAGUGAAGCAUAGUAGAGCAUUAGAAAAACGUAUUACGAUUCAGACACAGAAGGCUCAGAAAAUUCAACAUCUUAUACAAAGAGUUGAGCAAGUAAAGGCAGCUAGAGAUCAGCUUAUUGAAAAUCGUCGCCUGAAAAUGGAAGAAAAGUUACAGAGGGCAACAGAAAAUCGAGAAAAUUUCUUAAAGAAUAAAAUAAGGAAAGCGCACGACGAGGAAGAAAAACUCAAAGAAAUCGCAUUUAUUAAGAACUUAGAAAUGCAAAAUAAAAUGCUGGAUUUUAUCGAGUCAUGCAAAGAGCAAGAAGUUCGAAGACAAGAUUUAGAGCAAGAAAGACAAAAAAGACAGACUGAAAAACUUGCAAAGGAAGCAGCUGUAGAGCGCAGGCGAUUAGAAAUUGAGCUUGAACGAAAGAAGAAGUUAGAGAGAAUGGAUGAAACACGUCGUGAACGAGAACAGAGAGUUGAAAAAAUACAGGAGGAAAAGGAAAAGUUACGACAAAAUAUAGCAAAAGAGAAGCAAAGAGAUCGCGAUAAAAGACUCUUAGCUAUACAGCAACAGCAAUUACAAGAUACGGAGGAACUGCAACGUAAAAUAACGAAAAAGCAAGAAGAAUAUCAGAAAAGAUAUGAAGAAAAUUUGGAGCAUAUAAGGCAUCGAGCUUUUGAAUUGGCACAACAACGAAGUCCUGAUGAUAACAAGUCACAAAAUGAUGAAGAUGAAAAUUUAGAAAACAUUGAAAGAACUCGAGAAUCCAUUAAAAAUGCCAAAAAGAAGAUGAAGAAAAUCAAGGAAAAGUUUAAUCAUCUCAACGAAACAUAUUUAGAAGAGCUUCCAGAGUUAGCAACCAAUCAUCGAAAGCAAUCUCAAAUUCCAAAACUUUUGAAUGCAAUAAAGAAAACAUUAAACAAUGGAUCAGGAAACAACCAAUUGGGAACGGAAAGACCAUGUGGACAGAUUAUUCGUAUAAUUGAAAAGUCAUCGAUCGUAGAUUUCCAUUGUAUAUGGUUAUUAGACGGACUUGGAACUUUAGCUUCAAUUAUAGAAAAUGGAUUACAGCCUAACUCAGAUAUUUCCCGUGUUGCUGUUAUUAAAGCUAUACAAUUGUAUCGAAAUGCAAGCAGUAGUUGCAAACAAAUUGCUCAGCAUUCAAUUUUAGGCGGAAGUUUUAUCAAAUUACUUGAUGCCUUAAUUUAUACAUUAAAGAAUCCAGAAAUUGAACUCAAAAAGACUCCAAUGUGCCCAGUCGAAGUAUCUACUGAAAUAUUUCUUGCUCUCACUGUUGUCUUGUCGAAUUUAAAGUUAUCAACAAGUGAAAAUGCUGCAGUUAUUUUUAGCACACGUAUCGAACUUCUUCUUAGCUAUAUAACAGCAUCGGGAAUUUUAGAACUGAUUACAAAAAAGUGCCUGAAAGUGCGUGAGCCAAUUGAGAAUCAACAGAGUUUACUGCUUCCGCUGCUGUCAAUGAUGGGACUCUUGACGAAAAUCACUGAAAUUUGCCCAAAAAAUAAGUUCGACUUUUUGUCUUUGGUCAAAUCAACAGAAAUAUUUGGAACCAUAACAUUACUUUACAGAACGAUGAGUUUUGGUGAAAAUAUUCCAAAAAGAACUAUUUCAUUAGCCGGCUCUUGUUAUGGACUUAUCAAAGCAAUUGCGUUGCUUGACAUUAACUGUUUUCAGCAAAUUCUAAAUGAAGAUAAAUUAACAUUCAAGUUUCUCGACGUUAUCACCAUCUUACUAAAUUAUUGUGGUCCAAAAUUGUGUGAGAACGACGAUAAAGAAAUGAAGGCUGUGAUUAGAGAUUUGGUUGUAAUACUAGGAUACUUUUGUGCAAAUCAUAAAAAGAAUCAGAAUUUAUUAACAUCGGAUCAAUCAUGCAUUAUUUUGAAGUCAAUUACGAAGCUGCCGAUUGAUUUAGCACCUGUGUAUUAUCCUACACUUCUAACCAUCAUAUGGGAAAAUGCAGAAGCAGAGGAGAAACUCGCAAAAGAUUUUGAUAUCCAAAUGCUAAAGGAGUAUGAAAAGUCAACAAUUGCAAAGAAGAAUCAACUUUUACACAUGCUGGAAAUUUAAUGCGAAAGUAAAAACCAAACCAUUGUGAUAUUGUUUGCACCUUAAAUAUCAAUGUAAACUUUUUUACACGAAGUCAUCGGUGCUUUGAAAAAUAUUUCCCCAUUACAAUGCCUUCCAUCAUACUACGUCCUUGCAAAUUAAUUGAAUUUACUUAAUAAUAUUAUUAUCAGGAAAUAAAUAAUGAUUCUCAAUUUUAAAGUGUUAAUAUCUCAUUAAAGAAAAUUUCCAUCAUGUUUUUUUUUGUUUUGCUAAAUUAUUAAUUAUUUUAAUUUCUCACUUUAUGUUCCUAACUCAUAUAUUUUUCUUUUGUUUUUUACUCACAAUCAAUUUGAUUCAUAAUAAU